AAAGACGCGCUGCGAAUGCGAAAAUGUGUUUCGUGCUCGCUCCAAAAUAAAUUCACAUUUUACAAUGAAAAAUGAACCCCAAACGUGUCGCUUGUGCUUGCGCAGUUCGUUCCGUGGUCGCAAAAUUGCCAUCACGAACGGAGACUUUCAACAGAAGCUAAAAGCUGUGUUUUCGUUCGAUAUUGCGCCGGCUGAAAAUCUCCCGGCAGAUGCAUGCCGUGGAUGCCGAGAAACAGUCGAACAGUUCUACGAGUACAGUGAGAAAGUUCGAGCCAACCAGGACAGCCUGCAAGCUUCGAUUACCGCCACCGGAGCUGAUCCUGACGGGAAGGUGAAGAAAGAAUCGCCAGCGAAAGUCGCUUCCGAACCGAAUGUACACACAGACCCUGCCGACAGCAUCGUGCAGGUUGAGAAUUAUCAUAUUGAGCUGCUGAAGGUAGAACCAUGCCUUCCCGCGACGAAACAGACAAGUGAUCAGCACGAUGAACCGGUUGUGGAGUAUUUGUCGGAAAGUUUAGUCAAAGCAGAAUCGAACGACAGUUUAAAUUACGACGAUGAUAACGGAGACGUGCUAGAAGACACUGAACCAGUACGGGAGGAGCCCACGACCGACGAAGACAAAGGCAAACAGAACAACACACCACAGCGGCGCAAGAGGGAAAACCGGCCCCGGGAGGAGGAUGAAGAGCUGCUGCGCAAACAUUUCCACCUGGGGUGUGAAAAGUGCCCCUUCAAGGCGGAAACGGUGGCGGCACUGUUUCACCAUUACCGCCUGGACCACCAAACACCCGGCUACGUCGAGUGUUGCAAUCGCAAGUUUUUCCGGCGCGCACGGCUGCUCGAGCAUCUGGGCGCACACUUGGGAUCGAUCGUGUGCGACGUGUGCGGCAAAGUGUUCCGGAACGUGUGCUCGCUCAACUUGCACAAGCUGGACCACGAGCAGCCGAAGCACGCGCGACAGUACAAGUGCGAGCGGUGCAACUAUUCCUUCCACAAGCUGUACCACCUGAAGCAGCACCAGAAGCGCCACGAGCGUUUACGGUGCACCGUCUGCGAUAAGGUGCUGGCCGGCGAGCAGGGGCUGAAGACGCACAUGCAAAAAGUGCACGGCACGGACAACACACAGAUCUGCCCCACCUGUGGCAAGGAGUUCCGCUGCCUGCUGGCCAUGAAGCGGCACAUCCGGGCGCACCUGGGCAUCGUGACGGUCGAGCGGGUGCAGUGCGACCAGUGCGCGAAGUGGUUCGACAGCAAGCUGAACCUGCGCAACCAUAUCAAGGGCGUGCACGAUGGGGCCGGCCCGAUCCAGUGCGACGAGUGUCAGCACGUCAGCCCGAACCGGCGGGCACUGACGAACCAUAAGCUGCGGACGCACGGCCGCAAGCAGACGUUUGAGUGCGAGCACUGCGGGAAGAAGCUGAACACGAAGCUCACGCUGAAGGAGCACAUGGCCACGCACACGAACAUUCCGCUCUACUCGUGCGAGUUCUGUGGCAUCACGUUCAAUUCCAACGCGAACAAGUACGUGCACCGGAAGAGCAAACAUCCGCAGGAAUGGGAAGCGAUGAUGCAGCAAAAGCUCAUGCAGCGAAUGGGUCCAGCUGUAAUAUUGCCGGAAUACCGGUUUUUGGAAUCUUCGCUCACUAUUUUCACGUUCAGCCAUUUGGUGAGAUUGCCCUGGUACUCUGCGUCAGCUCCGAGCUUGAAGUCCAGCUCGUUCAGCUCCUCCUCGUUGCUUACGGCGUUAAACUCGAAUCCGGCCAGUUCGGGAUCGGAGCUCUUCUGUGCCAGAUCGCUAAUGCUCACCACGUCCUUCAGCUGUUCGAGUGUGGCCAGCGUUGUGCCGAGCUUUUUCUCCACCCGCAGCACACGAAUCGAAACGUCCUCCACCUCCUUCUGGAUGUGGUCCACCUUUCGGUUGAGCUGUCCGAUGUGUUGCAGCACGGUCGUAAGCAAGCUGAACACGUUCUCGAUCGUUGGUUCGCCCACGUCAGCGAACGGAUCCUGCUCUUCGCAGGUCAGCAAUAGUUCGCUGUGUACAUAUUUUAAUUAUUGUAUUUGUGUUAUUUUUAUUUAUCAGAAAACGAUUUUGUGUACAUUGCGCUGUAGAAGAUGCUUGAUGGAUCAGCUGGUUUGGAGCCACUUGACAGCGCGCUCUUGUUUGAUAACAAAAGCAAGAUUGUUUACGCUGAAAAGAAGCAUUCCGCAAAAAGAAGCAUCCGCAGCAUUUCGGUACGCAAAAAUGAGUGAAAGAUGUCGCCUUUGUCUGGGAAGUUUAUCGUCCACCGGGCCGAAGAUAUCGAUACGCGACGCUGAAUUUCAAGAGGAGUUAAAAACGGUGUUUCAUUUCGAUAUAAUCCACGAUACGGCGCUUCCGGAACACGUGUGCAAUGAAUGCAGAAGUACCGUGUCUUACUGCCACUCGUACUGCCUACAGGUUCAGGCCAAUCAGUUCCAACUGCUCGGGGAGGCGAACGAAAAUGUCCUUAAGCCGGUGGAAAAUGUUAUGGUGGAAUCACUAGUCGAGGAGGAUGACUGUACCAAGACGGAAAAGCAUUUACAGAAGGAAGAGCUGGCUGUGAAUCAAGAGGCAACGAUGUGUUUGGAGGUCCAGAAAGGAUUGAGUGUAGACGAGGAUUGCGUUCGAGGGAAGAACGAUAAACAGCGACGACGAGCGCGCCAAAGUAUUAAAAACAAGCCCGAUCUACAAAAAGAGACCGAAAAUCAGGACACGUCCUCAAAAGAAGUAUCACAAGCAAAUCAGUUAGAGAACGAUAAAAUCAUAACCCAAUUCUUCACUCUAGAGUGUGAGAUCUGUGCGGCAACGGCGGAAAGCUUCGUCCAGCUGCUGGACCACUACCGAACCGCGCACAAAACGAAAGGUUACGUGCGAUGCUGCGGUAAGCAGUUCGUUCGUCGAUACAUUCUGGUAGAUCACAUUGCAGCGCACCGCGGCACGAUACGGUGCGAAAUUUGCCAUAAAACGUACAAAACGAAGCGCUACCUGGCGCUACACUUUGCCAAAAGUCACAGCGGCGAAACGGAUCGACCGUUCAAGUGCGGCAAGUGUCACGUGUCCUAUCCGAAGCAGUAUUUGCUGCGGGCGCACGAACUGAUGCACGUCCAGCAGCAGUGCCAUAUCUGCGAGAAGGUUCUCUCCAACACUCAGUCGCUGAGGGUGCACAUCGCCCAGAUGCACGGCGGCGAAGGGCAUCACAUUUGUGACACGUGCGGGAAGGUGUUCCGCACCAAACCGGCCAUGGAGCGGCACAUCAACGAGCAUAUGGGGGUGGACGUGGUAGAACGGUUGCAGUGCGACCACUGCCAGAAAUGGUUCAGCGGGAAGUACAACCUGCGCAAGCACGUGCGCUUUAUGCAUCUGGAGGGCGGGCAGGUGUUUCGGUGCGAGCUAUGUCCGCACGAAAGUCCCAACAGUCGGGCACUGGCGAACCACAAGCUACGAGUGCACGUGGAGGAACGGUUCGAGUGCGAGUACUGUGGCAAGCGGUUUAAACGGCGGCCCAACUUGCGGGAACACAUCGCAUCGCACACGAACAUGCCGCUGUACUCGUGCGAGAUAUGCCAGAAUCGAACGUUCAACUCGAAGGCCAACUACUUUACGCAUCGAAAACACAAGCAUCCGCAGGAAUGGGAGGCUCAGAAACGGUUGCGGACGGAGCGGGAAAUGAGCAAACAUUAAUUUAUUAAUAAAAUCGUUUUCAUAAUUCACAAAGUGUCCGAUAAAGACACUGUUCAAAAGGUAAACG